UGUACUUCCGGGGAGUAUCCAAAACAACUUCCGGUUAUCGCUUUUUUGGCGGGUAAUCAGAAAAAAAACAAACAAAUGUGAGCUAAAAACUAUUCCGACGAAAGAGAAUGGCGGCUGAGAAGACUCGUCCUCCGCCCGUUAAAGUGCUGUCCGGUCAGCUGCGGGCGGCGGGGAUUCGAGGCGAGGCACACGGCGCGGAGGGCUGCCUUAUCAGGGCGGGUAGAAACGGCUGUUUGCGGGUGUCGCUGGUGUGGAUGCAGGGGACCGUGGUGGAGGUCCAGCGGGAGACGAACAGCGUGUUGCUGAUGGAUGAGACGGGAACCUUUACGGUGCAGGGGGUCGACGGUGUUCCUCAGGGCAAACCGUGCUUGGUUAAAGGGAAAUACGUCAUGGUGAUGGGUCUCAUCCAGACCGUCUCCCCAGAGCCGAUCCUCCGUGCAGUGAAGAUGGCCGACCUUUCUGAGCUGGCCGUCCUUCACAGACGGAUGUGGAAGCUGGAGGUGGAAGACCUGCAGCAGGUGCUGGCCUGAGGCCGGACUCACUACAAAGCCAAAAACUCCCCCAGAAAUUGCCUUCCAAAUCUGUGGGAACUUCUUGCUGAAUGUAAAUAAAAACAGUUCACACACUA